AUGGGCCAUUGGUUUUUAUCGAACAUUCCAUGGAAAUCCUUGGCAGUAUAUACUGUAAUUUCACUUGCAAUCCUAUGUUUUAAAGGACCUGAAGACUACGGGUUCCUAGCGUUCACAUUUAUAGGAAUUCUUCUUUUCUUGAUUUCUAUUGUGGUCAUUUUCAUUCGUCUUGAUAAUCAUUUUGAAAUGAUUAUUAGAAAUAGUAUUGUACCAGAGUUCAUGGAUAAAAGACCAUUUAGAGAAUUUGAUGUCGUAAGGAAAGAAGUGAUCUUGCAAAAAAUCUUAGUUGAUGUUAACAAUUCAGUCAACUUUAAAUUGAAGACGAAUUAUUCAUUUACGAAUACAAUUGAUUUGGUAUCACAAUAUAAUGAGUGUAUGAAUAAAUUUGCAAACCAGCUUGAUAAAUUGUACGCGGGAGUACCUGAUGAAAAAAUCGUUGGUUGGCAUAAAAUCAUGUUAAUGGCCAAGAACAUGGCGGAAGAAGAUAUGGAGUAUGCCUUGAACACGGCUUAUUCUAAUGAACUAAUACAGAAAUACGGAACUCGGAAUGCUACCCCGAAGAAGAUUAUUGAUAAACAAGAAAGUAACUUAUCGAAGAGUUCUUUAAACCAUGAGACGUCAUAA